CCAGACUGGGUGCUUGCCUGGCUUUCCUGCCUGAGGCUUUUGACUUCAUUGCCCGGGACCCUGCAGAGACUCUGCGCCUGUCUGAGCCACUGGGCGGGAACCUUUUGGGAGAAUAUGCCCAGCUUGCCAGGGAAUGUGGACUCUGGCUGUCCUUGGGUGGUUUCCACGAACGUGGCCAAGACUGGGAGCAGACUCAGAAAAUCUACAAUUGUCAUGUGCUUCUGAACAGCAAGGGGUCGGUAGUGACCACCUACAGGAAGACACAUCUGUGUGACGUACAGGUCCCAGGGCAGGGGCCUAUGCAUGAAAGCAACUCCACCAUGCCCGGGCCCAGCCUCACGUCACCUGUCAGCACACCAGCAGGCAAGGUUGGUCUGGCUAUCUGCUAUGACAUGCGGUUCCCUGAACUCUCUCUGGCACUGGCUCAGGCUGGAGCGGAAAUACUUACGUACCCUUCGGCUUUUGGAACUGUAACAGGCCCAGCCCACUGGGAGGUGUUGCUGCGGGCCCGAGCCAUUGAGACCCAGUGCUAUGUAGUAGCUGCAGCACAGUGUGGAUGCCACCACGAGAAGAGAGCGAGUUAUGGCCACAGCAUGGUGGUGGAUCCCUGGGGGACAGUGGUGGCCCGCUGCUCUGAGGGACCAGGCCUCUGCCUUGCCCGGAUUGACCUCAGUUACCUGCACCAGCUGCGCCAACAUCUGCCCGUGUUCCAGCACCGCAGGCCUGAUCUCUAUGGCAAUCUGGGUCACCCACUGUCUUAGGACUUUUGACUUCUGUGAGUUGAGACCCACUGUGAGCUGGUGUUGCUGUUACUUUGAGGCAGGGGCCAGGUGUACCUCCCCCUCACUUGGGGAACCCUGACUCUUGAAGGAACGUAUGCUUAGCUUCUUGGGAAAGAAGAAACUCACCUGAGCUCAGAUUUCAGUUUCAAAAAUGUGGAAUUUCAUAUACUGUUUAUUUCAUGAAAACUAAAAACGCCGAGGGCUGAGCAACACUGGCAUUGAAAGAAAUAGAA